UACAAAAUUGUUCUUAUCAAUUUAUUUAAGUCUUGCCCUCGGUCUUUUUUAAAUAAAAUAUUAAUUAAAAUCAUGUCUUUUCGUAGUGAUUUGAGGCAAUUAUUAAAGCCCUAUUACUGGAUUAAUAUAUUACUCAGUAUAUCAUACGUCACGUGCAAGAGAACCGGGUUUAUUUGCAACUUUUUAUUCCCUGAUGUGGACUGUGAAUUGGACAGCCGAGAAACGGAAAUCCUAUUUUUCUUAAUUAUUGUCGUUAUGCUGAGGACUCGUAAGGCGGGGAGCGUCACCAUGGUCAAUUAUUUAUCCGCUUCUUUCGUUUACACUAAGAUUGCGAACCUAAUUCUUUGGUUUUACGCUGAUGUACGGUAUGGCUUACCAUAUGGCGCAAUCCUUAUCUUAGGAUCACUUCUCAUCCCAGAGCCUACAUACUCAGGUCCCGAGCAUGUCACAUACUUCCGUGGACUCCAGACAUUGGAGGAUGAGCUGAAGCGUCACAAGACUACAAACUGGGUGAUCUGCCUGUACGCAGCUUGGCAUCCGGCCUGCGUGAACUUUGCUCCCGUGUUUGCGGAACUCUCUGCUAGCUAUGGACUCGAUAAUUUGAAGUUUGGCAAAAUUGAUGUUGGAAGGUAUCCCGAAGCAGCAACUAAAUAUAGAGUGCAAGAUGGGCCUACCAGCCGACAGCUGCCCACUGUGCUGGUGCUCAAUGAGGGUCAAGAGAAGAUUAGGAGGCCCCAAGCCGAUCACACGGGAAAACUACAGAAGUUCCUAUUCUCCAAAGAUAAUAUGAAAGCAGCCUUUGAUCUGGACGGACUCUAUGAGGAAUGCAAGACAAAGUUAGCUGCUGUCAAAGCGAAGAAGACCGAAAAGACGGAGAAGACCGAGUAGACCAAAAAGUUUAGUUUUUAAUGUUUAGCACAAUAUACAAGUUCUUAGAUGACUAUGCUGUAAAAGCAGUAGAUAUUAAGUUUAUGAGCCAUAAUAUUGUUUUUUUGCGAUGUUUUAGUAAGUAAUUUUUUAAGCAUUAAUAAAAGAUCUGACUUUUUGUUAAGUAUUUAUAUAGAAAUUGUAUUUAUUUGAUAUUUUCGUGAUUCCACUUUAAGCUUUUAAAUGUGUACUAACUAUUUUC